CACAACUGUGGACAAUCGUGGUUAGGGCGCCGACAAUGACAAGAACGAAUCGACAUUUCCAGCGGAAGAAAACGAUUAUGCAGCCAUGAUGCACUUGGUGCUAUCCUUCCGUCUGCUACUUAUUCUGUUCGGGAGUGUAACACACAAUGACGGCGUUCUUGUUUUUAAACUCACGUCUUUCUCCCUCCGCAACCAAACCAAAUAUACAAUGGCGGAACUUCCAACUUGUUCAAUGACAGAAUAUGCUGACGAGGCGAACCUUACAAAAUAUCCGAAAUGCCUCGGAUGCCGUUACUACUUAUCUAUGGAUUUGACUUACAAUGCGAUAGCCAAACCCGAGGACACUUGUAAACUUUCUAUCGUUAACGUAUAUCUUGAUGGGUGUUCCGCAGCAAAGAAAACUUACUUCGAAUUCGAAAUACAGGAAUUAUACCUCGGGAAGGACGACUGCAUUAUCAUCAAGGAUAUGUUUGACAAGUCGACGUUGGCCAAGUGUCAUAUGCAUACUUUUCAUUUGCUAAGCGGUAACGGAUACAAAGAAAUAACGAGGACUUUUUGUGGUCACAUAAAAAAAACUACCUUUCGUGGGUUCACGAAUGAGCCUCAGGUUGAAUUUAUUCAAAAGAGUUCGCCAGGCAAUACCACUGUUUUUAAUGACGUUAUUCGGAUUCGGGAGAUUCCCUUUCGGCAGCCAUUGGUCGCCGCAAAUCCAGAAUGCGAAUGUCCUGCGGAUUUCAUCAAGCACCGUUGUAUAUGUUAUGGCGUUUUUCGGACCAAAGUGCCGUCAAAAACUUGGACAAUGGCGGAAGAAUCGUGCCAGCACAAGGGAGCAAAUCUUUUGAGUAUAAUUGACCAAGAGGAAAUGACUGACAUUAAGCAUUUUAUCGGGUCAGUUUGGAUGAAGACUUUGUACGCUUACCGAACGCAGAUUUCAUGGAUAUAUAUCGGUCUCCAAGAUGAAAAGAUGAUCAAUAAUUUCAAGUGGAGUGACGGUAAUCCAGCUGUGUUUGAGGAAUGGUAUCAUCCUGCCUAUGCAGAUCGUCUGCCCGACCUCGACGAGGCCAUUAUCAAGACCAGGCCACAGCCCUCAAGCCAGCCAACCACGCGCUGCACUGUGAUGUACGUGUCGCUUGAUUACUUCUGGGAGAAGACACACUGGUGCAAGGUACCUUGUAGCUACCCUAUCUCUGACUCUGCGUACAUCUGUAAAAAAUCUGCCGAAAGGAAGGAUGUCAGCCGUGUACAAGAUAACAAAGAUGAUAAAACAACGCCUGUAGCAACAUCUGAAAAUGGAGGGAAUUUUACAACUGCAACGACAAGAAUUACAUCGUACCCGAAAGAAAAUCCCGCGCCUCCACGUGCACUGUUGGAAUUUCAAGGGACGUCGGUGGUCAAUUCGGAAGCAGUGAUGACAUUUUGUGGAGAUGGCUGGAUUUUCUAUAAAGGGAAGUGUCUCGCCAUGCUGACAUAUUUGGGGUUAUUAAGCACUCCUGUAUCGUUCAUUUUAUUCGAAUGGAAUUGCCGCCUUUUUAAUUCAACUAUAGUUAACGCCACAACUGAGGCCGAACAACAGGAUUUAAGGAGAAUGCUGCGAAUUAUCAAUCAUCACAACAGUUACGGUGAUGUUCUGAUAUCAGAUGGGAAAACUAAGUUCAUUCUCGGGUACGAAAGGGAUGAAGAGAAUCAAUGGCCAAUUCUAAAUUAUUACUUGCAACGUGAAAGUAUCUAUCGCGCAAAGCUGUGGAUUCCCGACACAAAAAAUGUCAUCUGUGAGCAGCCAUCUUGGCAAAGACGCGUCGUCUGCAAUGAGAACCAAUGGUCAUGUGACAGUGGCACCUGCAUUUCCUCAGAAUACGUCUGUGAUGGCCAUCCAGAUUGUUUGGAUAAUUCUGAUGAGCGCAACUGCAACGCGGACACAAUCCCAUUGUUUCGGUGCGGAGACGGGCAAACCAUUUCCUUCUCACUGUAUUGCGAUUUCAUUCGCCAUUGUUCAGACGGAACAGACGAGACCAACUGCAUCCAUCCUCCUUGUCUCGAAGGCUCCUUCAGAUGUGAAAACGGCCAGUGCUUACCGAUGUCACAUUAUUGUGACUUCGUUCCCCAGUGCAUUGACAAAUCUGAUGAGCCCGAAAAUUGCAGUUUGAAGUGUACGACUGGCUUUAAGUGCUACGUUGGAAAGUGUAUUUCGAAAAGCAAUUCACACGAUAUAUUCCCCGACUGUCCGGGGAUUAGUCAAGAGGAUGAACAAAAACAAGUAGCCUCGUUAUUCCGCGGAUCUUUUGAUUUGAGAGGAAAAUUUAUACCUGGGGUAGCGACUUUUUCUUCAUUGGAUCCGUUUUGUCUAUCCGAUGAAGUUCGUUGCGAUUACGCUGACGUAAAGUGUUUUCGCCGUAGCGAUGCCUGUAUUUACGACACGGAUGAAUUAGGGUAUAUGACAUCUUGCAGAGAUGGUAGUCACCUUCAGGACUGCAAGGAUGCAGAUUGCCCCGGGAUGUUCAAGUGUCCAAACACUUACUGCAUCCCGGUUAGGAAGCGCUGUGACGGAGAAUGGGACUGUCCAUAUGGCCAUGACGAGGUGGGGUGCCCAAUCACUCCCAUCUGCCCUGGGUUCCUCCGCUGUCGAGGCGAGACAUUCUGCCUUGACCAGACCGAAGUGUGUGAUGGGCGCGUACAUUGUAAAUCAAGCCGAGACGACGAAAAGAUGUGUGGAAUCACACCCUGUCCCCAAAGGUGUGUGUGCCAGGGAUUCACUCUCAACUGCCAUAAUAGCAGCCUGACUUCCACAAGUUUGAUUUCCAAACAAAUGCGUGUGUUGAACAUCAGCCGUUGCAGAAUCUCUCUCACGAAUUCGAGUUUCGUGGGUUUCCAUUACUUAGGGUGGCUGGAUGUUUCUUACAAUAGAGUCUCUAUAAUAGAGCCAGGAACAUUUUUAGAUGCAAUCAAUCUGGUACACCUUGACUUAGGUUUUAACAACCUCUCAGCUAUACUGUCAGAUACAUUCAACGGAUUAGGAAGACUAGAGACGAUCGUACUGCAUGGGAAUCAAAUUAGUAUGUUAGUCUCAGAUGCUUUUAGAGGACUCUUCAACCUGAAGCAGUUACAUUUAGAUUCACAGGACCUUAUUGAUAUUGUUCCCUAUGCGUUCAGAGGAAUGCCAUCCUUGCUGGUCUUAUCUCUGAGCAACAACUCCAUCAGGGAAAUCUCAGUUGAUGCAUUUGUCGGCCUUGAAAAGCUACGCUCACUCAAUUUGGAGAGUAACCAAAUAGGGAUAAUUGAUCCCAAAGUGUUCCAGAACCUUCGAUUGGACACACUUGAGACUGAUGAGUUCGCGUUCUGCUGUGCUGCUAACAAUCUCGGCGAUAAUGGCACUCAUGCAAAGGCAUGCACCCCUACACCAGAUGAAUUUUCCUCUUGCUCCGAUCUCAUGGAAAAUGCCAUUCUCAGAAUUGCUAUCUGGGUUUUAGGCUUUAUGGCACUGCUUGGAAAUCUGUUUGUCUUGAUCUGGAGGUGCAUUCACGCAAAGGAAGGGGGUGUUGCAAAUUGUUUGGUCGCAAAUCUCAGUGUAGCAGACCUUUUAAUGGGGAUAUACCUCUUGAUUAUCGGCUCUGCUGACGUCCAUUUCCGAAGCGUCUACGUGAUCUACUCCAAGCAAUGGACCAAUGGCACUGUCUGCAUCAUAGCUGGCAUGUUGAGUUUCAUCUCGAGUGAAAUGUCCGUGUUCAUGCUGGUACUCAUUACAGCAGACAGAGUAGUAGCGAUCGUUCUCGCCUUCAAAGUUGAGAAACUGAACAUGAAGAAAGCCUGUGUUACACUUGUCAUUGCGUGGGUCGUCAUCGUCGCAUGUGGUCUCCUUCCACUCAUAAACAAAGGAGUUCUUCGUAACUUCUACGGAAGUAAUGGCGUUUGUCUACCGUUUUCCUUCAGUGCAUCAGACAACAUCUAUUCUACUUUGUUCCUGGCAAUCAAUUUGCUGGCAUUUUUCGUGAUGGCAUGGGGUUAUCUUGCUAUAUAUUACGUUAUAAGAAAGUCUCGCAAGCGGUGCGAAAAGCUAGGCAUGGCUGGGGGUGACUCGGCUGAAGUGGCAUUCCUCAAGAAAAUGUCCUUGGUUAUCAUUUCCGAUUUCUGUUGCUGGGUUCCAAUCAUCAUACUGAAAUUUCUAGCGAUAGGAGGUCUGAAGCUCUCUGGUGCGGUUUCUGCAUGGACCGCCGUUUUUGUCCUGCCUUUGAACUCUGCGAUAAACCCUUUCCUUUACACCAUCAGCGCCAUCAAAGAAUCCAGGCGGAGGAAGGCAUCAAGGAAGAAGUCACAGUCAAAAAGAAUGACGUUUUCACAGUCGAAUAUGAGCUCGUCACAAACCAUUACAUCGAGUACCAUCGCAUCGCAACUUUGAUAGAUCUAGAAAGGUGCUUACAGAUAUACUCUGACGAGUGUAUGAAUUUCCGAAAGCGUUUACUGUCACUUUACGAUGUACACAAGAAGCGCAAAUUCUAAAAAAAAGAACUUUUUCAGAGUUUCUGCUUUGGUUUUCAUGUUUUUUGACAUAGGUCGUUCUUUCAACUAGUUUGCUUUUGCUUGGGAUCAUUAGUUUACUUAGGAUCACAAUCCCGCUCCCGGUUUGAUAUUUGAUACAAAGUCAAGCCUUCUACAAAAAAUCCUUUAAUGUGUAUGAUAAAUUAUAAACUGUAAAAAAACCUACAUACAUGUAUUGUGUAUACUGUAUUAAGAUAUGUGUUGGAUAUCCUCUAUACUGGCUGCACGUAUAUUGCCAAAUACAUGUAAUAUAUAAGACAACGGAAACUGUGCUGCGUUAAUACUUAACUGCUUCACAUCAAGUUUCAUCACACCCGGCCGACUCUCUACCUAUUUGCUGAUACUAGGUAUACCC